AUCCUGGCAUCCUUCGGUGGGUCCAUUCAUCAGUAGAACAAACGCCGUCAGACGGGACAGAUGUGCUAGCGGCACAAGGGCACAAACCGAAACGAACGGAGGCUCCCAAAGGCAACAUCCUCGACUCGUUUGGCGCCAUAUUUACUCGGACCAAUCGGAGUCGGUUACUCCGUAUUGCGUGACUGCGUGUGUGCGCGAAAUAGUCCUCUUUUUGACCCUCCUCUCGUUGUUUGUGUAAUUUCGCGCGCUUUUGUGUUGCCCGUUGUCCGGACGACUUAUAUACCAACGGGUCGGAAAAUCGGGUUUCAAAAAAAGGGAUUUGAAAAAGGCGUGAGAUUUGCGGCCAACUGCUGGACGACUGCCAGUGGGCUGAUAUCUUAAUUAGCCAUUUCAUGGCAGUUGGCAGACAACAAAGGCUGAUGUUGUUUUCCCGGAAGCAUCAGAAGCAACAGCAGGAGCAGGAAGAACAAAAAGCCGAUCAACAGACCACUCAGCUCUGAGUGUUUUAUAGUCCCGGAGUGGCAGCGACAGCCCUAACAACUAACUAACAAGAACAACACCGGCUUAGGGCAGCAGGAAGUAUCAACACGAGCCAAGGAAACAAAGUAAUCUAUAAAGAUGGCCGGCGGGGGCAGAACAGCCGGCAAAUAUGGUUAUUCGGACAACAAUUAUUACAGUGGUCACUCGUACAAGAGCAUCAACGACGAGAUUAUCCUGGUCAGCAUCAUAAUGGGGAUUACCAUACUGGUCCUCAUCACCAUCGCCCUGUGCUACAUUGCGUAUGAGAAAUGCCAGAAGAAGCGGGAGUAUUAUAUCAAUGCCUAAGGGGCAUCCAUCGAAAUCGGAGUCGGACUCGGACUCGGCACCGUAGGAUGGGGCUUCCUUUUCUUUUGUCCUGUGUUUGUUUUCUUGUGCAGCGGUGGCACUGCAAGGCUAAAUGUCAACACGGUCUGCGACAAUGUUGACGUUGACGAUUUAGUUGGCCAACAAAAAUAACCCAGAGUGGCUGCAACCGGGCCCCAUUUUCCCCCCAGAAGCCCCCAGAAGCAGACACGUAUACAAAUCGGAAGGCAGUGGAAUUUGUUCUGUUUAAACGUUUCGCCAUCUCUGUUGGUUUUGCCACAGUUGCAGUUUCUCGAGUGUCAGGAAACAUGGCUCUAUUGUUUGGCCACUGUGCACAGUGGGUUCCAUUUGGCACUUGACAUUUGUCCAGCCAAUUAGUCUUUCGCGUUCGCCAUUCUUUCGGUCGUAUUUUUUUAGAGGUCGUUAGGAAAAUAAUCAGCACAAAGGAUAGCUUUGUGUUUGGCAAGCACUUUUUAAAUUUUGCACUAUUUUGCUCUGGCAGACAAAGAAAUUUUUAGGACAUCAAUAAAUUCGAAUUUUUAUGCCGCACCCUGAAAUUUCAAUUUAAAAUGCAAUGCACUUGAGGUCUCCACCAUGCAGCAACCUUUUGUUUGUCAAACCGAGAGGGAAUAAUAAAAAGGAGCCAACCGAAACCUCGCCACACGCAAUAAUGGCAGCGAAAGAAAUAUAAGCGAUACUUUUGCAAGUGCGCGGUGUCGAUAUUGUUGCCUUUGCCUUCCAAAACUGAAUGGUGGAAACAUUGUGCAUAUGCAACACUGAGAAAAACUGUUCUGAAAUUGAUAGCUUUAACUUAAACAUGACAUUAUUAUACAACUGGAUAAAAUUACAAAACAAUGCAAACAAAUUUCUUUUAUUUUUUAAUUUAAUGAGUUUGAAAUAAAAAUGG